GAGGACCUAUUAGAGCCUUUGCCCCAGCGCCGGUGACUCAGAGUGUUCCCGGCGCACCAUCUACAUUAGCCAACCCAGAACCCGAGGUGCGACAGCGCCCAGCCCAUAUCUCCACGCCUGCCAGGAGCAAGCCUAGAGCCAGCCGCUUGGUGCGCUCAGCCCCUGAGCAGCCUCCGUCCUUCCGUCCGGAUCCCGUGCCCUUCUCGGGUCCCCUGCCCAGCGGGCAGCGCUGUCACCCUGCCGGCCAUGGAGACCCCGUCCCAGCGGCGCGCCACUCGCAGUGGGGCGCAGGCCAGCUCUACUCCGCUGUCGCCCACUCGCAUCACUCGGCUGCAGGAAAAGGAGGACUUGCAGGAGCUCAAUGACCGCCUGGCGGUGUACAUCGAUCGUGUACGCUCGCUAGAGACCGAGAAUGCAGGGCUGCGCCUUCGCAUCACUGAGUCUGAAGAGGUGGUCAGCCGAGAGGUGUCCGGCAUCAAGGCGGCUUAUGAGGCCGAACUGGGUGAUGCCCGCAAGACCCUCGACUCUGUGGCCAAGGAGCGCGCCCGCCUCCAGCUGGAGCUGAGCAAAGUGCGUGAGGAGUUCAAGGAGCUGAAGGCGCGCAAUACCAAGAAGGAGGGUGACUUGCUGGCUGCCCAGGCUCGACUCAAGGAUCUGGAGGCUUUGCUCAACUCCAAGGAGGCUGCGCUGAGCACUGCCCUUAGUGAGAAGCGCACUCUGGAAGGGGAGCUGCAUGAUCUGCGGGGGCAGGUAGCCAAGCUUGAGGCAGCCCUGGGUGAGGCCAAGAAGCAGCUUCAGGAUGAGAUGCUGCGGCGAGUAGAUGCUGAGAACAGGCUACAGACCCUGAAGGAGGAACUGGACUUCCAGAAGAACAUCUACAGUGAGGAGCUGCGUGAGACCAAGCGCCGCCAUGAGACCCGGCUUGUGGAGAUUGAUAACGGGAAACAGCGUGAAUUUGAGAGCCGGCUGGCGGAUGCCCUGCAGGAACUGAGGGCCCAGCAUGAGGAUCAGGUGGAGCAGUAUAAGAAGGAGCUGGAGAAGACUUACUCUGCCAAGCUGGAUAAUGCCAGGCAGUCUGCAGAGAGGAACAGCAACCUAGUUGGGGCUGCCCAUGAGGAGCUGCAGCAGUCCCGCAUCCGCAUCGACAGCCUGUCGGCCCAGCUUAGCCAACUCCAGAAACAGUUGGCAGCCAAGGAGGCAAAGCUUCGGGACCUGGAGGACUCACUGGCCCGUGAGCGAGACACUAGCAGGCGGCUGCUGGCAGAAAAAGAGCGGGAGAUGGCUGAAAUGCGGGCCAGGAUGCAGCAGCAGCUGGAUGAGUACCAGGAGCUACUGGAUAUCAAGCUGGCCCUGGACAUGGAGAUCCAUGCCUACCGCAAGCUGCUGGAAGGCGAGGAGGAGAGGCUGCGCCUAUCUCCCAGCCCUACCUCGCAGCGCAGCCGUGGACGCACUUCCUCCCACUCAUCCCAGUCACAGGGUGGGGCCAGUGUCACCAAAAAGCGCAAGCUGGAGUCAACUGAGAGCCGCAGUAGCUUCUCACAGCAUGCUCGCACCAGCGGACGUGUGGCUGUAGAGGAGGUGGAUGAGGAGGGCAAGUUUGUGAGGCUGCGCAACAAGUCCAAUGAGGAUCAGUCCAUGGGUAACUGGCAGAUCAAGCGUCAGAAUGGUGACGAUCCUUUGCUGACUUACCGCUUCCCACCAAAGUUCACCCUGAAGGCCGGGCAGGUGGUGACGAUCUGGGCUUCAGGAGCUGGGGCCACCCAUAGCCCCCCUACUGACUUGGUGUGGAAGGCACAGAACACCUGGGGCUGUGGGAACAGCCUGCGUACAGCUCUCAUCAACUCCACUGGGGAAGAAGUGGCCAUGCGCAAGCUGGUGCGCUCGUUGACCAUGGUCGAGGACGAUGAGGAUGAAGAUGGAGAUGAACUACUCCAUCACCACCAUGGCUCCCACUGCAGCAGCUCGGGGGACCCGGCUGAGUACAACCUGCGCUCCCGUACCGUGCUGUGCGGGACAUGCGGGCAGCCUGCCGACAAGGCAUCUGCCAGUGGCUCAGGAGCCCAGAUGGGCGGAUCCAUCUCCUCUGGCUCUUCUGCCUCCAGUGUCACAGUCACUCGCAGCUACCGCAGUGUAGGGGGCAGUGGGGGUGGCAGCUUCGGGGACAACCUAGUCACCCGUUCCUACCUCCUGGGCAACUCCAGUCCCCGGACCCAGAGCCCCCAGAACUGCAGCAUCAUGUAAUCUGGGACCUGCCAGGCAGGGUGGGGAUGGAGGCCACUUGCUUCUUCCUCACCUUAUGCCCACUUCCUGCUCUGCAUCUCAUGGGAGCAGGCCUGAAGCCAAAGAAAAAUGUACCCCCUUUUGGUUUUUUUUCUUCUCUCUAUUUUUUCUAAGAGAAGUUAUUUUCUACAGUGGUUUUAUACUGAAGGAAAAACAAGAAAAAAAAAGCCUCUAUCAGUCCUAAUUCCCCCCCUUUCUUUCCCUGCAUCUGCCUUAAAAUUAAAGGGAUUCUCCUAGGAGCCCAGGGAAAAUUGCUCUUACAGAACCUAGUUUUUGCCUUGCUGCCUUGGCUGCUGUCCCCACCCUGGGACCCUGUGACAUGGUGCCUGAGAGGCAGGUGUGGAGUCCACUCCACCAGCAUCCUCCAGACAGCUGGCCCACUGCUAGGUCAGCUCCAGAGAGGCAGCGAGGCUGGCUUGAGGGAGGUCAAGCCCCUCCUGGUUCCAUUACCCUUGGUUGAGGCUCCUCCACCUGUGCCCGCCCUCAUCCUCAUCCUGCCGCUUUCCAACCUGGGUAGGUGGAUUCUCCCAGGCACGUGCAUCAUGCUUGCUUUUUUUCUGUAUUUUAUUUAGACAAAAGAUGGGAAUGAGGUGGAAGUGGAAGAAGAGGGAGACCAGUUUGGGCCUGCCUUCUCCUAGCUUGAGAGCCUGGUGGGCCCUGAAUGGUAACUGGAAGGCAGAGUCAAGUGGGGUACUGGGAGGAGAGAGGGAGGUGAGAGGUGAGAGCCUGCUGGGGCCCUGCCACAUGGGAGGAAGGUGAGAGGAGUAGAGGGUGUGGUGGCAGUUUUGGUAAACACUAAGAAGCCCCUCACCCUGCCCCCAUUUCCCAUCUGCACCUCUUUUCUUCCCCCAAAUCAAUACACUAGUUGUUUCCA